UUUACGCCACGGAGAACAGGCGAGCGAGUGCGCAGGCGCAGCGCAUACGCUGCUUUCUACGAAGUUUCUGGAUAUCUGGGCGCAACGCAAAAUAUUGACUACAUUUGGCCUCUCUUGAGACUCCCCCUAGUUGAAGAGAGUGAUAUUCUGCUGUGAAGAUGUCUGUGUCUUCGCUCUACCUCCAACAAGACAACAUGGUGCGCUUUAAGAGGAGAAAGGCACGUUUCUCUUUCAGUGAAGUGCACAUCCUGCUGGACGAAGUGCGGAAGAACCGGCACAUUGUUGUGGGUAAGUUUAACGCUGGCGUUCCCUCUGACGUGAAGCGCAGGAAAUGGGCUGAGAUCACGGCGCGUGUUAAUGAGAUUGGCGAGUGUGACAGAGAAAUCAUGGAGGUGAUCAAAAAAUGGUCAGAUCUUAAAUGCGACACGAAACGCAAAGUGGCCGCCCUGAAGACCGGUGCCUCUGUCUCCCUAAGAUUGGCACGGUCCAAUAUCGAACUGUCCCCGAUGGAAGUCAUCGUGGAAUCCAUCCUCGAACUGGACAAGAGGCCGUGGGAAGCGACACAGCGGUCCAGAUCUCGCAGUCACAGUGAUGAUCAAGAGGCCGUGGGUGAGGAUGAGGAAGAGGAGGAUGGAGGGUUUGUAGGAAUGGGGUCAGUCAACAGUUCCCCUAGCAGAGGAGUGGAUGUGGGAGGAAUGCCUGCGAGUGGAUCUGGGGGUGAGAUGCAGCAUGAUGGCUCCAAACCUGGAGAUCCUGAAUCCCACUUAGACUCGGACGAGGACAACCGUGACCUCUUCCCAUCGUCCUCUAUGGCGUCUGUCGCUAACUCGUUCUCUGAGGAGGAUGGAAUAGCGACUAGAAGCAGUGCCGGACAGGUUUCUUCAACAGCCACCGCUUCCACUAAAAGACUCACGUCUUUCUCAGGGGUGGAGCCGGACAGUUCACGUGAGCGGUUAGUGCACAGCGCCAGCCUCAGCGUGCAGGAGCAGCACACAGCUAACGCUCUUCUAGCCACCGUCUCCCGUUCGCUUGAACUGCUUGCGGAGUCGGUGCAGCAGCUAGCAGAGACGCAGCAGGAGUUCGCGCGAGAAUCGCUGCAGCUACAGAGGGACACUGUGCAAGUGUUGCGAGAUUUUGCCUCCGGCGCUCUAACGAUGCUGCAGGAAAAGGUCAACGGGAAACCAGCAUUGUGAAAUUUGUGCUUAGCAAUCAAAUGACAGAGUGCGUGACGCAAUGUUGAUAUGAUGUCUACAAACGUUCAGAGGGCACAGUGUCAAAAUACUGUGAUUAAGUGCAAAGAUGUUUUCACACUAGCCUCUGUUUAUCAGUAGGACAGACUUUUGGCGAAGUGCAAACGAUGGUGUCACCCUAAAAGGAUUUUGUUUGUGCCUAUAGUAAUACUAUCUUCCACAACAUCUUUUUCUUCCCUUCAUUCACAUCCAACAACUUUUUUCAUUCAAUGAAAUUCAUUCAAAUGAAGCUGUUGCGAGGAGAUUUACAGGAUGGACACUGAUGUGUACAUUUUAUGUAACAUCUGUCGAUGAGAUAAAGGGAUAGUUCACCUCAAAAUGAAAAUUCACGUCGUUUGACACCUGACUUUCUUCAGCGGAACACAGAAGAAGAGAUGUUUUAGGAUGUUGCCAACCAGUUUUGGUGACCAUUGAUGUACAUUUUAUGGAGGAAAAAAAACAUUUCUGAUGACAGACAAGGCAUUUGUUUAAAAGGCCUGUAAGCAGUCGUGAUAAUUUCUUGGUUGUUAUGAGAAUGAGGUGUAUUUGUAGCAAGUUUAUCAUCCUAAUGCUGCUGCCAGGAGUGUUUCAUAUUUAUUACAACUCUAUGAGAGAAAAUGCUGUGAUAAUUGAUGUUAUUUACUUUCACGGCCAGGAAACAUUAUAUAUACACGAGUACAUGCAAUCACGUUUAAUGGUGUUAAAGGACAACUAAAACUUUUCUAAGACCAGCAUACAGUGUAAAAUAUGGUUUGAGGCAUCAGAAUCUCAUUAAAAUAGGUCUCAUAUUUUGGCUAGUAGGAGAUAUUUUUCCCCUAUGCUUGUGUACUACGAUUUAAUAAAUUGGGACUAAUGUACAUCUACAGGAACUGAAUUUCAUAUUCAAAGCUGUUAAUGCUGUUGUUUUGUCACUAGAGGGCAGUGUGUCAGUUUACGCACAAGAUAGUCCUCAAAUGAUUUAUUUUUCUGCACGUGUUUCUUCAAAAUCAGUGGGUUUUUCAGCAGUCUGAGUUUUGUGUGCGUGUGUGUUUGGUUUCUAAAUGAAAAUGGCUCCAUUAGUGAGCCAGACAUUUCAAUAAAUUUUAACUGAAAGUUUAGUGUGUAUUUUAAGAUCUGCUGAUUUUGUUGCUUUUUUGGAUACACAUUUUUGUGUCUAUACUGUAAAUUGAAAUACUGACCUCGACACCCAUUUUCUCAAUGGAAGUUUAAGGCAGAAGUAAAGGAGAAGUGACUAAAACUCAGGCAUUGUUCUCUUGCUCUCCGGGGCUGAGGAGCUCUGCUUAAACAGCUGCCGGUGUGUGUGUGUGUGUGUGUGUGUUUCUGAUGCCGUGUGGUGUUGGGUGUGUGUGCUGAUGUAAGGCUGUGGUUGAGAAUGCUUUGUGCGUGUGUAAGACGGCAGCUGGUAGCCCUAUUGUGUGGAUAGGGAACUCUGCUGAAAAAAAAAAGUAUUGUAUUGUGUCUGUCUGCAGAUUGUGAAUAUGUCUGUAUAAUGUACCAGUCAUUCAUCAUAUAGGCCAUCUAAUGGACCGCACACCGGAUACACGAUAAUACAUUUUGUUCUCAGUUUAGGUUACAUUAAGCUGCAGGGGUUUUUUUUACAUUUGGGUCUUUGAACGCUUUUCUUGCAUAUAUUUUUAUUUAUUAGGCAGAUCAGUAAGAUGGAUAACUUAUUUACUUGUUCAGCGUUGUAACUUGAAACUUUCAGGUCCAUGUUGAAGCUGGUCUGAAUUUUAAGAAGCCUUUAUUUCGUUACAAAAUAUUUGUAUUUCAAAUAAAUGCUGUAAUGAGCAGCAAAUCAGCACAUUA